GAGAAGGUUCCAGAAUCCACCGGCUGCUUCCUCCACCAAUCCCUUCUUCGCCUGCACGCCGCCUCCCUCCCUCCCUCCCUCCUCUCCGCCCGACGCCCGUAUUUAUACGAGCUGAUCCCCUCUCGCUUCCUCCUUCCUGCUUCUCGAUCGGAUUGGGUUGGGGGUUCUGGGUAGGUGUGGUGUGCUCGGGAGUUGGGGCUUCUUCGUUGCUUUGCUUCGCUCGUGCGCAAGGGAGAGAGAAGAGGGAGGAGAAGUAGGCGGGGAGGCAGAUGGCAUCGAAGCGGAUCCUCAAGGAGCUCAAGGACCUGCAGAAGGAUCCUCCCACCUCCUGCAGCGCAGGCCCAGUCGCGGAAGAUAUGUUCCACUGGCAAGCGACCAUAAUGGGUCCAUCAGAUAGCCCAUACUUCGGCGGCGUCUUUUUGGUCACAAUUCACUUCCCUCCAGACUACCCAUUCAAACCGCCUAAGGUUGCAUUCAAGACAAAGGUCUUCCAUCCGAAUAUCAACAGCAAUGGGAGCAUCUGUCUUGAUAUCUUGAAGGAACAAUGGAGCCCAGCAUUGACAGUUUCUAAGAUUAGCGGAAUCAGCCCCUGCACUGUAGCCUAUUCAAGUUUGGUUCUUCAGUUGCAUCAUCAUCUCAGAAAACAUGCUUGCUGUUUUCAGGUACUACUCUCAAUUUGCUCCCUUUUGACGGACCCAAACCCUGAUGACCCAUUGGUUCCGGAGAUUGCUCACAUGUACAAGAGUGAUCGGGCGAAAUAUGAGUCCACUGCUAGGAGCUGGACCCAGAAAUACGCAAUGGGCUGACGUUGCCGGCUACCGGGAAGAUGAUGACCUAGCAAUAUGCUCGUGUUAUGUGCCUUUGUUCCAGUUCUAAUGUAUUGCCUUCUGUCGUUCGUGCAUCGAACAAUCUCUAUAAUGGAAGGUGAAACAUUGAUUGUGUUCUCCCCGGGUGUGAUGCAAUUUGUUGUUGGCAACUUGUUUGAUGGUUAUGUCACUGAUGAUUCACGUGACCGAUGCAUUAGGAUCU